CGCCUCAUCACAAAGGCCAACUUAACCAGAACCACCAUUCAGAUAGAAACAAACCAAAAGAAACUCUGUAAACUAGGACAAACUGGAUUUGUUUGUUAAAAAAAAAAUAAGAUUCGUCAAAAAUGCAGGUGUUCGCCUCUUUAGGAUUAAAAACCUGGAUCCAGUGGGUAGCCCUUGUGGCUAUCCUUUUUCAGGUUGCUACCGCUUCCGUACCUCUGACGGAUGAAAAUUACCAAACUGAAGUUAAAAAUGGGCAAUGGUUUAUCAAGUUCUAUUCGCCUACUUGUCCUGCUUGCAAACGCAUCGCUCCAAUGUGGGACGGUAUGGCAAAAAAGAUUGAAGAGAAGGCUAAUCAGGUUAAUAUUCACAUCGGCGAAGUGAAUUGCAAGAAAUACUUAAAUCUUUGCAAGGAUGUAAAAGAUUUUCCCACGCUUCGAUUUUAUGUUAAUGGUGAGAAUAAAGACGAAGUAAAUUACAGCGGCACCACCACCGAGGCUUCUCUUUUAGACUUCGUUGAUGCUCGUAUCGCUGACGCUGAAAAGGAAGUUGACGCUGAAAAUGCAGAGGCACAGAAGAAAGUUUCUGAAGACGCUACCACUUCUGAUCCUUCUUUUACAACUUCGACGAGCUCUUUAUCACUUGGCUUUGUUUCCGGCACCUCAACGAAUCCUCAUACUGAUUUCACGGACCUGAAAAUGGUACAAGUUUCUCCUAAAACUUCUUCCAUUAGCCCAAUUUCUUCCUCUUUGCCCUCAUCUUCAUUCACGGUAGCACAAAGUACUGGCAUUCCCAAAGAGAAUCACUCAAAGGCUUCUAGUACGUCUCCCAUUAGUACUGUUUCCGCCCCCAUGAGUGCUGAAGAAAAGUUUACAGCUACUUCAGUGUCCGCGUCUUCUACAACAUCUCAAGCUACCUAUGCCAUCCAAACUGCUCCAAAUGUUCCUGAUGAGGGGGGUGACCUUUCGGAGCCCGUCAAUGAAGAUUCUGAAAAAGCAGCCCAGCCUAAUCCAACUGGCCAUUCCAAGCCUUUAGUCACCCAGGAAGACAUUGACAAUGCCUUGUCAAGUGAAACUGGCUGGUUCGUUCAUUUCUAUUCUUCGGAAUGCACAGAUUCCGCAGUUACUACAGCUACUACAGCUUGGAAUGCGAUGGCUGGAAGAAUGAAGAAUAAGCUCAAUGUUGGUCAUCUCGAUUGUAGCAAGCACAAACCUAGCUGCAACAAGUAUAACAUUCAGCAUUAUCCUUCUUCCAUUUUCUUUAAGGAGAAUGAAUAUGUGGAAUAUAAUGGUCUCUUUAAAGUCGGUGAUCUUACUAGUUUCGCCGAGGAAGCCGCCAACUUCAAGAUCCGCGAGGUGGAAUUUUUUGAUACUACGGAGUCUGAGAAACAUGGAGACGUUUUUUUCUUGUAUUUCUAUGACGAUAAGAGCGCUGAUACUCUUAGUGCAGUUCGUAAAACUGCUAUUCAACUCCUCGGCCACGCCCGUCUUUACCUUACAAAGUCUCAGCAACUUGUGAAGAAGUACAAUGUCAAUAGCUUACCAAAGUUAAUAGUCGUGAAAGAUUCCACACCUAGCUAUUAUCCCACCAGUGUAGCAUCUGAUAUCACCGAUUACAGAAGAAUUUUGAAUUGGAUGAAGAACAACUGGCUUCCAGUUCUUCCUGAGCUCCAAACAUUUAAUUCUGAUGAAAUUGCCAAUACUGAUACUGUUGUUUUGUAUUUCCUGGAUCCUGAUUCAUCUAAUUUCCAGGAAACCAAAAGCACUGCUCGAAAGAUUGCCUCCGAUUGGUUAAAUGAGGAAUCUCGUAAUUAUCAAACUGCUUGGAAGGAAGAAACCGAUAAAAAGAAUGCUCAUCUGAACAAAGCAGAGGAAAAGAAUGAUGCCGAAGCUCUAGAAGCUGCUCGAAACAUGAAUGUUAAGCACAAGCCUGCCCCUACACGAUUUGCCUGGGUAAACGGUAAUUAUUGGGCUAAAUGGUCCAAUAAGUUCAAUCUUGAUAUCAACAAUACAGGUCCCAGAGUGAUUCUAUAUAACCCUUCUAAAGGUAUCUACUGGGAUACAAAUGCUAAGGGUGAGGCUAUUACAGUUGAUGAGGACGUAGUGUUCGAGGUUCUCAAGGAUGUGGAAGCUAAUCCUAAUGCUUUAAAACCUAAAAAGCUUAAAGAGAAUGCUGGUUUGGAGUAUUUGGCAUCUUACGGAUUGGAUACACGUGCUUUAUACUUGAUUUGCGGUGUCGUUUGCGUGGGCAUUAUUGUUUCUUUAUUUGGUGCAAGAAGGAUAAGAAGUCUUGAGCGCCGACACCGAUCUUCACCUAUUCUGCCUAUCGCAACAAAGAAUACGGGUAAUACUGGAAAGUUUGAUUGAUUCAUUAUUCAUGACGGGCUUGUUAUUGAAAAUUGGCGAUUUUACGAAUUUCUAUCUAUUGUUGCAUUAUGAUUAUUAAUCUAUCAUUUUUAUGGGUUAUUCGCUUUAGAUUAAGCAUUUUUACCAUAUAUAAUACUAUACUCUUGUUUCUUAGGUAUAUUAACAACCCAGUUAUAAAAAGUUGAAAUCAAAAACCACCUAUCUCAUACAAAACGUAUAACCUAAAAAAAUCUUUAUUUAAGUACCAAA